GGGCAAAUGUAGUCUAACCCCGGGUCAUCCACAUCUUCAAUCAAAGCGAAGAUUGUAGAAAAGCAGCGUUCAGAUCUUCUUCACCACUUAAUCUUCUUGUCUAUCUUCUGAAGAAUUCAUGAUGGUCCUCAAACGACCACUAGACGCCUAUGAAAACUCUGCAUCAGCUUCCCGUGGUCCAAAACGUCGACAGCUAUCUUCUUUACCGCCGUCGUCACCGUUCACCUCGACUUCUUCGUUACGUGCAACGCCCAGAACGCCAUGCAGCAUCAGAAACUGGAAAGUCCCCUCUGACUCUCCUACCAACCCCUUUGGUCGCAUUCGGCGGCUGACAACGAGCACCACACUUCCCCGCCCUUCUUCGUAUGGGAAGCACUUGCCACUUCGCUUCCAGCUUAUCCGCCCAGACGGUGACGGCAGAAGCCACGCAAACAAAGAUGGGGUGUAUAGGGUCGUUCAAGUCCCUCUGACCUAUACACUCGGUCACCUCAGGAAGCUUAUCAAGUUUGUCUUCCAGCCAGCGAAGGAAAGCGAGAUGGGCGGAUCAUACCAUUUUCGGCGUGCCGCACGGCACGCCAGCAUUCCAUGGUAUGCCAGGCACCCUUCGUCGUACAAGGGUAAAGAACCAGCUCUGGACUUCGAUCUUGAGCCAGGACAUUUGUUCGAGGUGCAAAAAGACAUAGAAAUUUCGCGUUCUGGCGAGAUAAUACGCGGGAUGACCACGGUCAAAUCGUCUACCUUGAGAGACCCGUACCACUAUCCUGGCAACGGCUCGGAGGGCUCCUUGCUUGAUGCUGAAGAUGGCGAAGACGACGUGUGGCGGUGGGAAGCGGAGGAGGACUUCCAGCUUUCGCAGCUCUGGGCUCCAGGCGGGGACAUUAAGAAAGGUAUCAUAUAUCAUCAUGACUCUACGACUCAAAUUCACAUAACAAUGAACACGAAGAAAAUCCCAGGUCGCAAGGGGGUCGGCAAUAAGCCUUACCUCUUCAUGGCAUGGGGUUCCAUAGACCUAUUCGCACCGCCUUCGGCAGCGUCUUCCAUCAUUCUGACUGGCAUCGAAUUAACUCGGUGGAAUAAUAUACUUGCGUUUGAGAAGUUUUUGAAGGCUGAGGAAGAGCAGGAGCGCCUAAAACGUGGCGGAGAUGAAGAGGAACUUCUGGGUCUUGACGCAGAAGGGGAAGUUGACCCUGAUAUCUCAUCGUUAACUCUUCCCAUGUGCUCCUCCAUUGACUUUUCAUCGCCCUCUUCGCUAUCUUCAUCGAUAUUCUCCCUCACCUAUUCAUCUUCAGCCUCGUCAGCUAUUACUCCAUUCCCCGCCUCGCCGUCGAGGAAGCGCCGUGUCGACUACGCAAAUAAACGCAUGUGCGAGUUGACGAAGAAAGUGAGGAAAACUCCGAAUCCGGACUAUGAUGAUGAGAAGAAGGAAGAAGAGUUUGAUGAGCUUGAUGAGCUCGAUGACGAUGAAGACCCUGCUGCCGCAGAAAAACCCAGCGACUGGGAUCCUUUCGGGUCUGACGAAUCUGAAAUAUGAAAUUGUGUUCACGUCGGUUUGAUUGCAUUAUUCGUAACGGCUACAUAUGGACGAUAUAUAUAAUCUGGCAUAUUUUGUGUUCG